CCUCUAACUCUUAUACCAAAACAAAGCUAUUUUAUCUGUCAAGUACAAAUCAAAAUCUUGAAGCAUUCAUUUAAGUAUUAAAUAUAAAACAAUUAAUGUAUGAUACGCGCAUGCUUGUUUGCAUAGAAAGUUAAUGCGCAUAGUCAGGGCAUUGCGCAUUUCGUGGCUAACCUCAUCGACCAGCGACGAGCCACAGAACUGUCAGUUCAGCCUUUUCUUACCGACCUACGCUGUGCUUAUUUUGGUUCCUAGUGUGUGGCGUGUGCUAGUGUCUUCUGGCGUUAAAUUUUCCUAGGUGCUAAUAAAAACAACAAGGAUGCCUGCAGCAGUACCUCCUGCCGAAAAUGGCGGGCCUCGCAGCGAGCUCGAGCAGCUGCAAAUGCGAGCCGGUCAGGUUACCGAUGAGUCGUUGGAGUCCACAAGGCGUAUGAUGCAACUAUGUGAGGAGAGCAAGGAGGCCGGCAUUCGUACUCUGGUCGCUCUAGACGACCAGGGAGAACAAUUGGACAGAAUCGAGGAGGGCAUGGACCAGAUCAACGCGGACAUGCGGGAGGCCGAGAAGAAUCUGUCCGGGAUGGAGAAAUGUUGCGGUAUCUGUGUGCUGCCUUGCAACAAGGGAGCAUCGUUCAAAGAGGACGACGGCACAUGGAAGGGCAACGAUGACGGUAAGGUGGUCAACAAUCAGCCGCAGCGGGUGAUGGAUGAACGCAAUGGGAUCGGCCCGCAGGCUGGAUAUAUCGGGAGGAUAACGAACGACGCUCGUGAAGACGAAAUGGAGGAGAACAUGGGUCAAGUGAACACCAUGAUCGGGAAUCUGCGCAACAUGGCCUUGGACAUGGGUUCCGAGCUCGAGAACCAGAACCGACAGAUCGACCGCAUCAAUCGCAAGGGUGAAAGCAACGAAACUCGUAUCGCGGUUGCCAAUCAACGAGCGAACAAACUCCUCAAAUCCUAAACAAGAAAACGAUGAGGGAUCAUCAUUUAACCGCAUGCCUCCACCGCACCUAUGUAAUCAACGCUUUAUCUCAAUAAGCAUAGCGUAUAUUUUUAAUCGUCAUAUACAUAAACUCAACAGGAAAAUGUGUACAACGAAGAAAAGCUAUUUUUUUUUGUUUUCAUUUUAGUUAAACCUCUUCAUUACAACCUUAUUAUGUAUAUUAAUCGUUAUACGUACAUAUAUGUAUGUGAUUACUGUUAUAUAAUUUUAAAAUUAAUAUAUAGCUAAUAAUAUAUAAUGAAAAUAUAUAGCAAAUGUUGAAAGGCAAUACAGUAAAAUUAUAAUAGUUGAAUGCUUUAAAGCCAUCAAAAAUCUUUUCAGUUUCAUUUGGAUCUCUUGAGAAACUUUUGAAUUCGAAGCUUUAGUUUAAAAAUUUGUAAAUCAAUAUUGCCAUCUUCAUAUUAUCAUUCCGUUUCCUUUGAAAUUAGUUUUCAUACAUAAAACUUUAUUACCAUAUCGUUAUAAAUAAAUAAAAAUUUAUUUCCUUCGUGUGCCAAAAAUAUUAAGAAGUUUUGUUGCAUUUUAUUACAAAUAUAGAACCCGGGAAAUUUUAAGUUAAUUUAUUUUAAGCACAAAAAGGAUCAAUUAGUUAGGUUUUGUCUUGGCAGUUUUAAGGUUCAAUUUCAUUUGAAUCAGUCACAUAGGCAGUUUCCGCAUACAUUUUGUGCAAGAUUCAUUAAAUUAUUAAACAUGACUGAUUGUGCAUCGCCUUCUUACACGAGCACUAGAAAGAGACAGAGAUUUGCCGACUCGCCACGAAUAACAAACACAUUCCUGGGCUAAACCGUAAAAUUGUAGAUUAUCUGUGAGACUAUUAUUUUCAUAGUUUCCACAGUUAAUAGAAACUAAAAAUGAAGCCUUCUUAUAAUGUGAAACCGUGCUUGAGAAAGCUAAAAACAUAUAAAGCUAAGGUUAGAAAAAAAUUGGUUGCAUUAAUAAAAAAAACAGGUAAUUUAGAAAUUUACAAAUGUUAGCAUACAAUAAAAAAAUUGAUUAAAAAAAAACAACUAGAGUUG